UUAGAAUCGAGAGAGCCAAACUGUUGUUUCAUUCAGACAAAUCUUUAAACUUAUGCCAUUCAACUUCUAACUGCCUCACUAGGGUCAAAUUAGUAGAAUCACCGAAUAGGAACGGUUAAUUUAUUUCGAAUCUUUGAUCAGAAUCGCCGAAGACAAGUGACAGCAUAMUAGAGCGACAGUUGGCGAUCAAGGCCACGGCUGGGAGUAUUUCUAUUGUCGAUUUAUGAAGAUAGCUUAAUCACUAUGAGUGGCGACCAAGAGCAACUUUGUGUUGUGGAUAGUGAUACAGGUCAGAUUCUGUACUACUUCAACUCAAGUACAGGUGAAAUGAACUGGGUCAAUCAACCACCAAAGGAAAUCUCUGACCAAACCAAGUCCAAACCACCAUCACCAUCAGACUCUAGUAUUUCUGAUCCAGGAGAAGUGUCUGAACCAGAAUACAGUAAAACUAAGCUAACACCUCCAACUAAAGUCAAAAUAGAACCCAAGGAAUGUUCCAAUUUAGUCUCUGGUGAAGUUGUUACAGUCAUCCUAGAGCCCUGUCCUGAAAAUGCCAAGAAAGGUCGUUCUGGUUCAUCUAAAGGAAAAGUGAAUAAAAAGCCUGUCCAAACAGCAUUGUCUACUGACGUUGACCAGUCAUCAAGAAAGAGGAAGUUGGAGGAAGAUGAAUCUACAUCAAUACCAACCAAAAUUAAAAAAGAAGUAAGUAGAGUCGAAGAGUUUGUUUGCAAGUACUGCAAGAAAUCAUUUUCUUCUAAGGCCCUUCUCUCCAGACACGUGGAUYUCCACCUUGGACCAAGGCCUUUCAAAUGCCCUCGUUGCUACAAAGGAUUUCGGGAUCCCCUUCAAUUGGCAAACCAUGCUAAUUUGCAUAUUCUGUCCAGACCCUUUGUCUGCGUCAAGUGUGGCAAAUCAUUCUCUACCGGAAGUUGUUUGACAGUUCACAUGAGUAGGCAUGACGGGAUACCACCGUACACUUGUCAGCACUGCUCCAAAGGCUUCGUACAUUUCACUGCGUUGACGCUUCACUUAUCAACGCAUCUGCCUCAACUACCCUGCCGAUGUGGCUACUGCCAGCAAGAGUUCGCCAACCCAAAGGGGCUUUCUAAACACAUACAAACUCAUAAAUCCAGAGCUGUUUCUAACAAUGGGAAUUCCAGAGAAGAAUCUAUAAGGUGCCAAAUUUGCUCCGAGUCUUUUAUGAAUCACAAGGCACUAGAAAUCCAUCUGAUUACGGUUCAUAACAAGCAAGGCAAGGAAGUUAGUAACCGCAGUGUGAAUCCUCUACGGCAGCUGCAGGCCCUGAUCUUCAAGGAAACGCCAACUUAUGAAGCCAAUCGGGUCAGCCAAAUGAGAAGCAUGCAGCCAUACUCUAGGGAGAUAGUGGAGAAUCGCUUUAGUGCAAAUGGACGCCGAGCGCACAAUAGUAUGGACAGAGUAGGGAAUAGUUCAGGCCGACUAGGGAGUGAUAUGACAAGGAAAGCGAAUAUUCUAGACGGAUCAGUAAGUAGUACCGUGGAACGCAACGAAAGUAGUAAGCAGACAAGCCAAGCAAACAGACAAGACAAUAAAAGUGGAGAUCCACUAAGUCAACUUCAUGCUCUAACGUACCGAGGGGARGGCCCCAUCAGUGAAGUGAGCUCUCUGUCAAGCUCUUCUGUUCASCAACCAUAUUAUAGUAAUGCGUACUCUUCCCUUUCCAGUGGCCUCACUGGCCUACAAACUAUCAAGCAAGAGAACAAAACYGCCGGCGAAAAUAGCYGGGAUAACCCGUCCAAUAGCCAACKAGAAAAUUCUGAAGAGAAACUYCUUCCUUGUUUGGAUUGCAGCGAAGUGUUCGACAACGCGGCUGACUUGGCGGUACAUGCUCGAGUCCACACAAAAAGUGAACUUAUUGAAUGUACACAAUGUGAUCGGAACUUUGUACGGGAGAGCGAAUUCAGAAAACAUCUGGCCUCUCACGAAGGUAAAGCUGGGACAUAUGUCUGCCCAAAGUGCYGCAAGACCUUUGUGCAUUCCCAUGGAUUAAAUCUGCACUUGAGAAUUCAUACUGGRGAGAAGCCCUUCCAGUGCAAACACUGCUUGAAAUGUUUUGCGCACUCCGGGAAUUUGACUGUCCAUCUGAGAACUCACACAGGCGAAAAACCUUUUAAGUGUCAGUAUUGUCACCAAGCUUUCAAUCACUCCAGUAACUUGAAGAAUCACAUGCGACUUCACACAGGGGAGAAGCCAUACCAGUGUAAAUUCUGUGACAGGUCGUUUUCGAGAAGUUCACAUCUUCGGAAUCAUACCAUCAACCACACCUUGGGAAGGACGGACCCCGAUAUCUUCAGAUGUGAUAUUUGUGACAAGCCUUUUGACGACGUUACCCUUCUUAACGAGCAUAUCAAACUUCAUAACGAAACUAAGCCUCACAUUUGUCGUUUCUGUGGAAAGGCGUUCACGGUGCCGAGCGGCUUGGCUGUGCAUGAGCGAACGCAUACAGGYGAGAAGCCAUACAAGUGUCAGUAUUGUGACCGUGCUUUUAGUCACUCGAGCAACAUGAAGGUGCAUGUCCGUACUCACACUGGUGAGAAACCGUAUCACUGCAAAGUGUGCGAUACUACAUUUGCAAGAAGCUCAGACCUGCGAAGGCAUGUGUACUUUCAGGGCUGUCAGAAACUUGCCUCGUCGAUUUCUGGAAUCCCGUCGURGAGUGAYAGUGGUGGGGCGAGUGGUGGAGAACCCAUCAUGAACGUCCCUUCGAGCAUGCAGGGUCAGCCUAUGCGUACUUAUCCUGCAACUGUGACUUAUUCAUCGUACACCGGCUCAGAUUAUAAAGAAGACAAGCAAGCAAAGGAAAAGCAAGAAAUCUCUCCCUUUCAACGUAUUAAAGACCAUAUCAAAGCGCUCUCGGGAAGCUCACCCACCGCUAGCACCGAUGAUACCAGUAAYAUUAAUACAGACGACAGRGUCCGUACCGGAGACGCCAACCGAUCCAAGUAUGAAUUGKUASCACCUUCGACUUCGAAGGCUGGCCAGAUGACUUUAUCUUCAACUAGUACUAAGAGUYAUGACGCGGCAAGCUCGUUUAAGGAUUCUUUGAAUACAAAGAAAGACUCACAGAAGACGAGUACMUCGCAGCCACCUCCAUUCCUURUAUCYACCCUUUCUCUUAAACCUACAAGCAAAGUAAGGGAAAACGAUGGCCUGCCUGCUGAAAAGCAUGCUAAUCACGUUCACSAGGGCGAGAAUGCAACAAAAGAGAUCAAUAAAGAUAUCAGCAGUUCUCAGAAAGACYGGAAUAGCAUUGAUAAUAAGUCMUCUGCAACAAAUCAACAGUCGUACAAAGUYGCUUCAACCUCUGGAUCACAUCCGAACCCUUCAGAAAGAGAGCGUGGUAGUCAAGGUCUAAGGAAGGAMGAAAGUACUAUUGAUACUACACAAAGUGUAAGCAGACCAUCUUUGCCGACUGCCCACACGAAAAUUUACGCCAGCUCAAUGCCUCAUACCAUGGAGAAAACGGUUGGCACAAACCCUGAGAAAUAUGGCACGGAAAAAGCGGUUACCCACGCGAAACCGUACUCAUUUGGAGAAUCUGCUCGGCCCUACAGUACGUCAGGUACGGCUGCUACUUCACGACCGCACCCAGUAAGAGAAACAGCUCAAAACCCGCGGUCACACUCGAAGACAGGCAUUGCAGAAACAGUUGCUUUCUCAAGACCACCUGUACUUGAAGUUUCUACCCCCGAAGAGGGUAAAGUCGACUCAUCAAAAAUUGGGGCAUACAACAGGGAAUCAGAUGAAAGCUUAAGAACCUCUAAGAAAGGUGCGAUACAGAACACGUAUGCCACCCAAGAAAAUACAAGGGCUUCUCAACACCCCACCAUUGCGCAUGACUCAAGCCAAAGACCAACGACCAGUACCAAAGUUGUUAUUACAGGCUCAAGAAGUGAUGAUGCWGAAGAAGUUAUUGGAAAUGACACUAUCAUUGAAACUUCGAGUCUACAGCCACUCCAGGCACUAACCGAAAGUAUUCUGCCCAAGUUUACUUAAAGGAAUGACUUUAAACAYUCCUCUUUCAAAUAUGUAUCUUUGAAUUCCUUCUUUUUAAUUGACUGAUUACCAGUUCUCACAGAAGCAGUUCCUAUGGAAACUGACAUUGCUCGCCCCACUCUCCUUCGCAGCAUACCCUUUUGUCGGGAGGGACAGGAACUCCGACAAAACAGUAGGCAGCGAAGGAGACUACUCCCGCCGCUGACUCUCUAUUUUUCUAGAUUUCUUCCGAUCCUAAUAUUGACAAUCUAGUACCAAGAAUGAGAAUGGUGAUAUUUCUUCAAAAUCGAAGCCAAAAGAGGAACUAAUUGUUAAUAAUUCAUAAAAGYAAAACGUGAUAUCAACUUUUGUCAGCUAGCUAUUCUUCACAAAAUUAUUUACUAUUAUAAUUAAUAAAAAUGUUUUUCUUCUUUCACAUUGAAAUUUGCUGUUAAAACUUGAGCAUGCUUGUCACGAAGCGAGAGUAUAAAGUCUUGUUUUGAGUGAUUUAUGGUGUCAAUUAAAAAUGAUUUUAUUGAGCUUACGGCCGUAUUCAAAAUGACUUUCAAAAAUAAACUAAAAGGAGUAAAGACAUUUGGAUCAAUUAUUAUUUUACUCUAAUGGUACCAAAACAAAUUUCAUCUCCAAAAAAGAUUGAUGGAUAUCAUUACCUAGUGCUUUAAUAACCUUAAUGGCUGUCAAACCACAGAAAGAACUUUUAAUGCAAUGCUACCGCCUUAGUGCUAUGGCUACCGUUCAAUCAAUCAACUGUUACCAGUGGACAUAACCACUCAAAUGUCACUAUUUACGCGUAACUCUCAUGCCACUCUAAAAACCUUUUUGUCUCAUCAGUGCUAUUAUGUGCUAACUU